GCAACGGGGCGCUUUACGGCCGCGGGGAAAGCCGCGAGCCGGUCGGUGCCCAGGGCCUCUCGGCCGGGACGCAGGGCAGGCGGGCGAAGUGGAUGCCCGGCGGCGGGGCGAGCACGGCGUCUGGCCGGCUUCUCUCCGCAGCGGAUCAAAGAGGAGCGCGGGAGGCGGCGGCGGCGGCGGCAGGGGCGGCGGCGUUCCGAGGCGGAGCAGGUGGUCCCGGGCCGGGGAGUGGAGGCCCCGGGGGCCCCGCGGGCAGGAUGAGCCUGACCCCGAAGGAACUCUCCAGCCUGCUUAGCAUCAUCUCGGAGGAGGCGGGCGGCGGCAGCACUUUCGAGGGCUUGUCCACCGCCUUCCACCACUACUUCAACAAGGCCGACCACUUCCGCCUGGGCUCGGUGCUGGUGAUGCUGCUGCAGCAGCCGGACCUGCUGCCCAGCGCGGCGCAGCGCCUGACGGCGCUCUACCUGCUGUGGGAGAUGUACCGCACCGAGCCGCUCGCCGCCAACCCGUUCGCGGCCAGCUUCGCGCACCUGCUCAACCCCGCGCCGCCCGCCCGCGGCGGACAGGAGCCCGACCGGCCCCCGCUCUCAGGGUUUUUGCCUCCUAUAACUCCACCAGAAAAGUUUUUUCUUUCCCAGCUGAUGCUGGCACCCCCAAGGGAGCUCUUCAAAAAGACACCUCGCCAGAUCGCGUUGAUGGAUGUUGGAAACAUGGGACAGUCUGUGGACAUCAGUGGCCUUCAGUUGGCCUUGGCGGAACGUCAGUCUGAACUGCCAACCCAGAGUAAAGCUAGCUUCCCAAGUAUCCUUAGCGACCCAGACCCGGAUUCCUCUAACUCUGGAUUUGACAGCUCUGUUGCCUCUCGGAUCACAGAGUCUUUAGUCAGUGGACCAAAGCCACCUAUUGAAAGUAGGUAUAUAUGGAUUAAGGGGUAUUUCUGUUAUUUCUGGCUCCUUGGUGAGCUGGAAAAAGAUCCCAAACUUGUUUAUCACAUUGGCCUUACUCCGGCGAAACUUCCAGACCUAGUGGAGAACAACCCUUUAGUUGCUAUAGAAAUGCUGUUGAAACUCAUGCAAUCAAGCCAGAUCACGGAGUACUUCUCUGUCCUGGUCAAUAUGGACAUGUCCUUACAUUCGAUGGAAGUUGUUAAUCGACUAACUACAGCUGUUGAUCUACCUCCUGAAUUUAUUCACCUUUACAUAUCAAAUUGCAUCUCUACUUGUGAACAAAUUAAGGAUAAAUAUAUGCAGAAUCGUUUGGUACGUCUUGUAUGUGUGUUUCUUCAGUCUUUGAUCCGUAACAAAAUUAUUAACGUGCAGGACUUGUUUAUAGAGGUGCAGGCCUUCUGUAUUGAAUUUAGUAGGAUACGGGAAGCUGCAGGCCUCUUCCGGUUGCUGAAGACACUGGACACUGGGGAAACCCCUUCAGAGACCAAAAUAUCAAAAUAAUACCUCACCGGAACUUCCCCUUCUAUUGCUCAACUGUAUUUGGUUUUUAAAAACUGUUGAAACUCUUGA